UUAUAAUUAUUAUAAAGAAAAACUAUCAACUGUCAAGCAGAUAUGUGACAAUAAUCUACAAUGUGUUGACUUAUUUCGUUAUUUAUUUCAAAUUCUGUUUAUUAUUAUGGUAUAUAACAAAGCAACUGGUUCUUCUUCCACCUUUCUAUAUAGUUAUGUGAUUCAUACAUUCUAGAGUCGAUAGUGGAACAGUUCUCGCAUUUAUUAUGGUAGAAAGUGUACUGAACAGGUACUGCCUGGUAUCAAAAGUAUGCUGCUUCUGCGUUUCACUAAGGAAUGGAUGUAUACUGAUAGCCUUGGCAGGAUUCAUACCAUGUGUAUACCUGUUCAUGGUGUAUGCCUCGGGGGAUUCAACGUUGUUAAAUCAUGGAGUGCAUCCAAUAGUUACUGAGAUCAUUCUACAUAUUUACGCUACACUGGGAUUACUUUUAUGUGGAGUGAACAUCAUACUCAUCGUCGGUGCAAUAAGGUUCAACGAAAAGUUAAUAAUAUAUUACUUAAGGUUCGCUUGUGUGUACUUCGCCUUGGAUGUCUUCUGUGUAAUGGUUAUAUGCAUUUUUGCUGUGAUCGGUGGUUUCUUUACUUUCGCUGGGUUAUACUUACUAGUAGCUAUUUGUUAUUGGAUUUUAAUAUACUUUUAUGUUUUACCAGUCGUGAAUGGAUUUAGGAAAAAAAUACACACCAUUGUCAUAUAUGUGAAUUAAAUUUUAUUUAUUACUGUAAUA